GCCCUGUCGACCACACGCUAUCCAUCGACUCCUCUGUCCCGCCGCUGAUUUGUUUUUACAGCCAACCUCCUCCUCGUACGGUUCGAGGAGGGGCUGCCCGUGCACGUGCUGGCAAUGCUCAUUCUUGAGGGUGACAUUGUGUCGAAGGUGGAGGGCUUGAGUGGCUGUUUGGAUUGGGGAAGCUCCUCGUCGCGUGCGGUGAUGCGCUCCAGGGUCGGGAUGAGGGAGUAGCGGCACAGACCCUCUAGGUAGUCUUUGCACCACGGCUCCCUGACAGACACGCACAGAGACAGAGAGAGACCCAUACAUAGCAAUGGGUCGGCGCCUAUGGGGCCUAGUGCAUACCAGUCGAUGUUCUCCACGUCGAGGGGAAAAUCUGGCUCAUCAUCUCCUCGGGCAAGCUGACUCAUCUGCACAUCAGGAGAGAUUGAUGCAACCAUCAGUGUCUGUCUGUCUGUCUUUCUGUCUGUGUUGUGGUCGCGUGCCUUGUCGGUUUUGAAAGUCCACUGGUUGCAGAUGAAGGGGUGCAGCAGCUUGAGCACGUUCUGUCGACGCCCCAGGAAUUUGAACAACUUGGACAAUUGUCUCCCUUGUGACGGCAAGACACCACUCAGCCGCGCCGCAACUGAGUGGCCGACCACAACGGCCGCAUCGUUCAUCGCCUGAUCAUGGUAAGGCAGAAGGACGUCCUUUCGAUUUGACUGAUGAUUGUCCGUCUUAUGUACAUGCAGGACGGCGUAUCUCUUCGAAGAUGCACACCACUUGACCACAAGCCGAGGACCUGGUAGGCACAGGACGAAAGAGACUGCCUGCCUCUCUUUGUAUGUUCUCUUUGUAUGUUGGUUGAGGGAGGGCAGGGGUACCAAUCAUGUAUUUCUUCGGGAUUCUGUUUUGGGAGUUUUGCUGUGUGAUGGCCUUCACAGCAUGGCGGGCCAGCUCAUUCCUGCACACAGGAAGACACACACACCAGCCACAAACCGACACACGCAUGCAGACGGACGGAUGCAGGUGUGUCGUGAGGGUGGCUGCUGACCAUGUGAUGGGGUUCGUAUGCGACGACGCCACAUGCAUGACCUCCAAAUGACCAACACGGCCUGCAUACAAUGGAGGGAUGGAUAGACAAGACACAAAUGGUAUGCAGUUUGUGUGUGUCAGCAUUUAUGCACCUGCCAUUGCCACAGCGCCCUUGAUGAUCGCCGAUGCCACGUAAUCCGACGGGAUCACAUCACCUACACAAACGCACGCAGGCACAACAGAGAAUGGAUGAGUACACAGAGCACAAGAACAGCCUACCGAUGGCCAUGCCGUCGCUGGGCAGCCUGAGGGAGCCGCCAAACGCUCCGACGGCGACCAAUGUACCAAAACCCUGGGGAGCGUACGUCCAUCCUUGGAAUGGUGUCUUGUAUGUGGAGCCGAUGAUGGAGGGGCGGACAAUGAGGGUGGGCAUGUCGCCGUGCCGCGAGUCGAUGAGGUGCUCGGCCAGGCACUUAGUGAAGGUGUAGUGGUUCGGGUGACCGUAACGCACUACACACAUGAUGGAGAUACAAUGGCAUGUUGGUUGCGCCACCAACCAGCCCAUCCACCCCGCCCCGCCCCGCCCACCUCUGAGCUGUUCUGCCAGCCGUUCAUGCUCCUCGCCGGUCGUGCGGCCCAGCUCACUGAACGUAUGCUGCACACAGACAGACAGACAGCACGUCAGUCAGGAUUUCCGCGUCAAGCUUGACUGUGUGGCCUGCCCACCCCACCCACCUCGUGAUCGAUGUCUGACUCGUAGAGCUUCUCCUCAAUCACACCGCUGAUCGAUACAUAACGUCAGUCACAUGAGGCCCAUUGACGUGUGCCUGUGUUUGCCUCACUCACGAAGUGUGUGCUUUGCUUGCCUUCUGUUUGAGUUGGCGUAUGCAGUGGACACGUGGACAAAACACCCCGACGACCGGACGCCCUCACACGACAUGGCCUGCAUGACACACAAGUACGCGAAAUGGGCGAACAAACCAAUAGCCACACAUGCUGACUGACUGGCUGACCAGUUGCAUCACGCGCAGGGCUCCGACGACGUUCUGGUCGAAGAGCUGCGGGAAGGGGUCCUCAAAAUUGAUGCUCGCCGCGCAGUUCACCACCACUGACGGACGGACGGAUGGAUCAGACAGACACAAGCAGAUAGUCAAUGUGCUGAUGUGGUCAAUCCGAUCUUCCAAGGUACCGUACCUGUGACAUUGGCCUUGAGUGUCUCAUGGUCCCUCUCAGAGAGACCCAGGUACUCCUGACGAUACACACACACGACAAACACGCACACAGAGAUGCUCACACACUACGGACAGACACGGGUGCAGCACAGCUCGUGCCGUGGUAACGAGCGCACCUUUCGCAGGUCUCCUUCGAUGACGUGAAUCCCAAAUCCAUUCAGCAGAAGCUCCUCGUCGGACUGUGUCGACGAUUGGGGAGAUCGACAGCCGCCCCCGUCACCACCACCAUCAUCAUCACUGGCCGUGCUAUCGUCGCUGUGUGCCUCGCCCUCCUCGUCACGCAGCCCUUUGUGCAGGGCCGCGAAGAGGGGCUGCUGAAGCAAGUCGAUGAUGCGCUGGGUGCUGGAAGCCUUCGGGGUGGAGCGGGUCAGCAGAUACAACCGCCGAGGGGGCGCACACCGCAGCAAACGCUCCAGGACCACCUGUAUGUACACAGAUCGAUUAACGCACAAACCAUCACAGAUGUGACAAAUGCUCAGAUAGAAUGAUGCACACAUAGGAGUGAUGCCACCCCCAGUGAUUCACUCCCGCACCUGUCCCACAGUGCCCGUCACGCCGAGAAGAAGUACAGAUUGGCCCCGGAAGAACUCUCUCGUCCUCUCUUUUCGACUCCCUGUGACGGGUGUCGAGUGCUUCAUGAUGCCGCCCACCCCUCAGGGCAGUGCUCUCCCCUCACUGGAGGGACUUGAGAAGGUGUGUCCGCCGUCUUUCGCAGCAGCUGCAUGGACAGGACACACAGAGCACGGAUCUCGAGUGUUCUAUUCGAAAUCUGUCUUCAGUGCCAACCAGGUCGUCUAAAUUGCGUCGUUUGCAAGGAAUCUCCCUCCCG